CCUAUCUCCUUCUCUCUGUCUCCCUCUUUCUCCUUCCCUCCCUUCCUUCCUUCUUUUUGGAGAAGAUGGUUUUAAUGAAGGAAGGAAGUAGAGUACUGGAUUACAUCCUGCCACAAGCUCUUUGGGUCACUACGGAAGGGCGAUUUGGUUAGGGGCCAACUGAGGUCAGUGUGAAGCAGUGGAUGUGAUGUCAAUGCAGAGUAUGGUUAAUAUCGCUGAAGAUAAAAAUAGUAGUCCAGUUACUUACCAUUCGUUUGAGAAUCAUGCAGAGAUUACACCAAUGACCUUCAGUACCUGUGGUAGUACGAGCACACCUGCUUUGUUCGUUCAUUCACUCAUUUCUUGCUGUGCAUCUAUUAGAUGUCUAGAACCAGGCUACGGUCUAAAUGUGGCUCACUGAUAUUUUUGGAAUGAAGAAAUGGCAGAGACCUCAAUAGCAAUUAAAUGGCACAAACAGUCUUUCUCAAAUUAAUGGCAUCUUUGCUGUGCAAAGAUGGAAAGGAACAUUGAAUUGUAUUAAUGAUUGUUCUACUACUAGGUGAGAAUUCUGAAUUCUCUGGCUUAGAAAGGAUCUUAGAAAGACAUCGAUUUCCCAAAGAGAUUAAUCUGACCCCCAAACCAAGCAGUAUGCCCCUGUGGAGAAGAAAAGUCAACAACAAUGCAAAUCAGGGGUGGAAGAAAUGCCAUGUGUGGGAUAAAAACACAAAGGAGCCUCCAGUGUCAACCAUAGUUGUCAGUAAUAUUGCUCCCUCUGUUUGCUCCCCCUGCCAGACGGCUGAAAAAGAACAUGCGACCCACUGA